AUGGCUGAAAGUGAGUUGCCACCACCCGAAGCAACGAACUCACAACCUCAAGACGAUGAUCUCGUCCCUGGAAACGAGAAUUCGCCAACAGAAGAUCUUCUAGAUAUCGCAGAACAGCUGAAGGUCAAGGGCAACGAUCAUUUCCGUACAGCAGAAUGGGGGGCGGCUUUAUCUAUCUACCAGGAAGCAUUGGAUAAAUUACCGAAGAGGAAGGUCCAGAAACCGGAUGAUCCUACCCCGGAGCCCUUCGAGGACGACCUCGAAGGGCACCCCACAGCACCUUUCACAUCUACUCCCAGUCCCCCACCUUCUGAGGAUAUUAGCCCUUCAGGAUUCGACAUCACAUGCGCGAAGCUUAGGUCCGUUCUCAAUGCGAACAUCGGUGCUUGCCAUGUUAAACUGAGAAGUUACAAGGAGGCUGCGGAUGCAUGUACCCAAGCGAUUCUGGACGAUCCCGAAUACGUUAAGGCUCUGCAGCGGCGGGCAGCGGCAAACGAACAGCUGAACACUUGGUCAUCACUAAGCAGCGCACAAGAAGGUGAACCGUGGGUUUUCUUCGUAUUGUGCCUGUUACCAACGCCUGUCGACUUAGAUUAUAAGAAGUUGUUGACGUUGCUUCCGCAAGGAUCAUCACAAGGCCGAGAUGUCGAGCGAUCGCUGCGAGCAAUAGGUCCUCGAGUUGAGGCAGCCCAAAAGGCCGAGACUGCUGAGAUGCUGGGUAAGCUUAAGGGACUAGGAAAUAGCAUUCUAGGCAACUUUGGAUUGUCCACUGACAAUUUCAAGUUUGAGCCUAAUGGUCAAGGGGGUUACUCAAUGCAAUUUUCUCAAUGA